AGUGACAUUCAUAUGACCAAGAUUCAAUAUGUAACUCUGACCAGUUGAUAUGAGGGUUGUGCUUCUGUAACCAGUCAAAUCCUAGAACUAUGGGUGAAUUGAAGGUGGGAAAUAUGUAGAAUGAGGUCUGUUCAAAAUGGUUACCGGAGAUGAGUAACUGCAGUGGUCUGGUCAUGUGAGUUAUCCGAGGUAGGGCCCUUCCAUCCAGAGCGGUAACAUGGAGAGGAGAUGGCAAUGGAACUGUUUCAAUGGAGGACUGUUGAACGAAAACAGCAUCAAUGAGAUUACGUUCACACCCUGAAUCAAUCAAGACAGACAAGUUCAGAGAAUCAUUGUUGAAAAAUAAUGUAGCUGGAAGUAGGAGUUGAGGAGAAGUCUUUUGUCUUUCUUUUAGAUGACCCGCCAGCCUUCCUGAGUCUGCUGACGGGCCCAGAUUCAUUGGCCGAACUGGACAGGCGGCUAUGUAAUGACCCAGGGACCCGCAGUAGAGACAGAGCUGCCGGAUCAGAGGAUGGUUGGCUGAAGUCUGAGCUCACCGAUCGGCCGGCUGAGCGUUGCUGGUCGCAGCUGCUGUCAUGGCCAAAAGCCCCGAGGUGAAGCUGGCCGUGUUCGGCAAGGCGGGGGUGGGAAAAUCAGCGUUGGUGGUGAGGUUCCUGACCAGACGCUUUAUCUGGGAGUACGAUCCAACACUGGAAUCUACGUAUCGUCACCAAGCCAACAUUGACGAUGAGGUUGUCACCAUGGAGAUCCUGGACACUGCAGGCCAGGAGGACAUCCAGCAGAAGGAAGGCCACAUGCGCUGGGGCGACGGAUUCAUCGUCGUCUAUGACAUCACAGAUCGGGGAAGCUUCGAGGAGGUAGCCCCUCUCCGAACUCUCCUGGAGGAGGUGAAGAAACCAAAGAACGUGCCUCUAGUGCUGGUGGGGAACAAGUCUGACCUGGAUCACGUCCGCCAGGUCCCCACAGAGGAAGGCGAGCGGCUGGCGGCUGAAAUGGCCUGUGCCUUCUACGAGUGUUCGGCCUGCGCCGACGAAGGCGGCGCCGUGGCCGAGGCGUUCCACGAGCUGUGCAGGGAGGUGAGACGCCGCAAAGCCGUCCAGGGCAAGGCCCGUCGCCGCAGCUCCACCACGCACGUCAAGCAAGCCAUCAACAAGAUGCUGACCAAGAUAAGCAGCUAAGGACGAGUCCUGCUGGUGCCCAGUGAUAAAUGGAAAUGUUCUAUUUUUCUCAAGGAAUUAAUUGAGACAAUUUCUGACUGCGAAAUGAUUGACAUGUGGCUAACUUAUAGUGGAAUCUCCGUGUUCUAUGACUGAUUGACAUUGAAGAAGUCAGCAGGGCUAUGAGUCUUCUCUUUGGAGGAGCCACAAGACGUCAGUCUGCUGAGUUCUUGAUGUUCCCUUAUUCAAACCUUUAAGCUAAUUCAGUGUUACAUGGUAACUUAAUGUGGCAUAUCAGUUAUAUGUUGAGGCUCAGAUAUUUCUGGCAUGAGCAGAGGUGUGUUUUGUGUUACACAAAAAUGUAAAACAAUUUCUUAGUCCAGAACGGCCCGUUAUUCCUAUUUCACAAAGGCGUUACCUUAAUAAGAUUGAGAAGUGAUGCUGUUUUAGUUUAGUCGGUUGUCCACGUCAACUGAAUUUGUAGUUGUUGGAACAGAGAGAAGUGUUCCAACUGACCAGCAGUGCGCAGCAUCAGUUGGGGGAAUGCCAGUCCUGUGUUACUCUGUUUUCCAUCCAGCCAAAAAAAUAACAAAAAAACCCAACUCCGGAACUUCUCUGGAGUCUUUGAUCUAAAAGAAUGGCUUAAUGGAAAACUUUAGUGGUUUUAAAACCUGAUAGUGGUAAUGGACACAUGUCUAGUCGAGUCUUUUGGCUUUUUAUUGGUCAUAAUUCCCUCUAUAAUUCCUUUUAAAUUAUUUUGUAAGCCGAGGGAUUUAUGAAACUGAUGCAGGCGGGAUAUCCAACGUGACAUGCAAAGUUGCUUUAUUGCAGCCGGUCUCAGUGGGAUAAAUGUGAUCUGCUUCAACAAACAUGAGAACUCUUCUGGCAACAGUGGUAAAAAAAAAAGCCCAACAACUUCAAGUUCAGAGGAGUGUUGCUUGAUGAGGAUGGAUCCCAGUGUUCUUCACCCAUGUCUUUCCCAGGUGAAGAGGUAGAACAUUUCUGCCUCCAUCCUGGAAAGCUGCUCUGUAGUAAAUAGGUCUAAGUUGGAUUAAGAUCUCCGGCUCUGCGGCGGACUCUCAGGCCCUCUGUGUUUGUCUGGGACGCACCAAAGCAAAGGUCCAGAUCAUGUCAGAGCUCAUGACUGUAGGUCCCUGCUGCGUUCUGUAAAUAUACAAAGGGAAGCGACGGCACAUUCUGAGGAUUUCCUUCUGUUUAUUCUUUAAACAGCAGCAUCUAUUAAAUGCAAUGUUUGUGCUUGUUGUCUUAUCUAAACCAAUCAGCUGUGCACUUGGAAUUAAACACUGAUGUAUCCAACCUGUA